CCCGCGCGUUUUUAAAAAUUGUGGCUCAUUCGACGUGCCGUACUGCGUAGAGGGAUCUCUGUUGUAGUACAGUGACAAAUAAACAACAUGCCGGAUGAGCGACCUGACAUUCUGAAUGUACCAGAUAAAGCAAAGACUAACCUUAACAUUAUAGCAAUAGUAUCAAAGGUUGCUGACGAUAAUUUGACGAUUGUGCGGAGUGUGAGCACUGGAUUAGCUAUCGUGGGCAUUGUCAUUUUAGGAAGGAGCAUCAAACUGCUCACAAAGUUCAAUGCUGCUUCAGAAAUUCCCUCAAGGUUCAUUAAGCGGAACGUUGGUCUUCGAGGGAGAGUAUGCAGCAUUACUGACAAGGGACUGGAAGUGGAGCACAUCCCAAUUUAUGUCCCUGUCCUUUCCCCCCUGCUGAUGAAAUAUCAGGCUGGGGCUCCUCUGCAGGUUCGUCUGGCCGGAGUGGAGUUGACCCCGGAGGGCUGGGACUGGCUGAGACGGCAGCUGAGACCUGCGGAGACGGUGUGGCUGAAGCUAAUUAGGAAAGAGGGCGACAGCCUGGACUGCUUUGUCUCAAGAGGCCAGGGCUUCCUCUUGGGCACUAGUCUAAAUGAGCAGGUCUUGCAACAGGGCCUGGCCAGGUCCACACCGAUCCUGGGAUUGGACCACCACUCACAGGUGUACUGGAGACUCCACAAGAGACUGCUGAAGGCAGAGCUCAAGGCUGAGAGAAAGGGCCGAGGGCUGUGGAGGGAGGACGACCUCAGGGAGAGAGUCUCUGCGGUCGUCAGAGAGAACAUUGUGGUCAAAGGCGUGAAAAGGCUUCUCUCACUUAUUUCCGGGACCAAAGAACAGUGAGCACACAUCCACACAUUAAUAAUCAUCAGUGCAAAUAUGUUGCUGAAUUAUUUGUGCAUUUUGAUUGAUCAACUCCCACUCCAUUUACCUAAAUGUAGUAAAUUGAUAUUUAUUAACACCCUUUCUGACCCCAGACAAACACACAUGGAUACAGCUGUUACAAUGUUACAACUAACAUUUGGUAAAAUUAUGUAUAUUUUGUAUUGCACAUGUAAAAUAAUGUAAAUAAAGCUUGAAUACUCAAAUUUACUGAACCUUACAACCGAAA